UGUCGCUUAAGUUUUACCCCCAGCAAAACAAUAAUCUAAUUAGAAUAUAAAUGAGAAGAAAUUUUGAAUAAAAUUUUGAUAACUAUUAAAAGUAAUGUAUAAGGUUAUUGGCUUGCUAAACCUUCCAGCGAUUGAAAAUUACAGCCAGCUGAUGCAAGGCGAUCAUAAAAAAACGAGAGCGUAUUCAAAUAAUGUUCUACAUCACAGGAGAUUGUGAACAGCUUUGAACAGUCAAGUUUACUCCAAUCGGGUUAAACUCUCAACCACGAAAUACCAAUACGACAGACAGACAGACAUUUUCAAAAGAGUAUCAUAUUUCUACAAAAGGGUGGAAAAGGAUGAAAAACGAAAACGAAAAAAUGCCAGGCAAAAAUUCCGGAGAUCGACGACUAGUUAUUAAUGUUGGAGGACGAAGAUAUGAAACAUUUCAAAGCACUUUGACAAGUAUUCCUGAUACUCGACUAGCAUGGAUCGCUGGCCAGCCACAUGAAGCUCCCGAAUACGACAAGAUGAAUAAUGAGUUUUUCUUUGACAGACAUUCAGGUUUUUUUGAGGAAAUCCUCAAUUAUUACAGAACAGGAAAACUCCACUGCCCAAGAGGGAUUUGUGGAACAGCGUUUGAAGAGGAGUUAUCGUUCUGGGGAAUCGAUGAGGAACAAAUGGAAGCAUGUUGUUGGCCUGAAUACACUCGGCAAAGAACAGCCAUUGAAAACUUACGUGUGUUCAACAUCAAUGCCUCACAAGAAAGCAUCAAUUCUGAAGCCAGCGAUGCUUCUUGCAAAACGUCUUCUUAUCUACGCAAAACGUCAGUGGACAGACAAAGCUUGCGGAAUUUCUAUAGAAAGGUUCAGCCAUGGUUUUGGAGGGUACUUGAAGAACCGUUUUCGUCGGUCGCUGCUAAGGUCACAGCAUUUGUUUCCCUUGCGUUCAUCUUGCUCUCAGUGCUGGACUUCAUCCUUUCCAGUCUCCCCGUCUUCCCGGCCACCAGUUCGCCAAACAUCAUCGAGUACGUCUGUGGCAGUUGUUUUACGUUCGAAUUCGUUAUUCGACUACUCUUUUGUCCUUCGAAAAUAGCGCAUCUAAAGAAGCCCAUGACGUGGGUGGAUGUUGGCGCGCUUGUGCCGUUUUAUCUCCAAUUCGUAAUAAACGCUGCUGAUAUGGAGAGAUUUAAGAUAUUGAUCAUGUUUCGACUCUUAAGGAUUUUCCGUCUCUUUCGUUUUUCAUAUCGCCUCCAGAUAAUGGUAUUGGCUUUAAAAGGCAGUCUGCACGAGCUUGGCUUGUUGCUUUUGAUUUUAGCCAUAUCAGUCGUGUUUUUUUCCACACUUGUAUUUUAUGCAGAUGGCGGUGCUACAGGGACGAAGUUCGUCAACAUUCCAACCUCGUUUUGGUGGGCCAUCAUCACGUUGACAACCGUUGGCUAUGGUGACGAUACACCAGUCACGUGGCCAGGUCGUGUCGUCAGCAGCGCAUGUGCAUUGUGGGGUGUCUUAAUGAUAACGCUGCCUAUCUCGAUUGUUAAUAGUAAUUUCUCGUUGUACUACGCACAUGCGAAAGCAAUGCUUCGUUUGCCUAAAAAGGUUGUAAAGGAUACCUUCCCUCCAGGCACCAAGAGAUACCUCGGUGUUCUUUCUACCAUAUCUGAGAUGAACUUGACAGGCCGGCUUGCAGACCGGGAACUCAAAUUCCGAGAGGGAAUUGCCAGUCCCUCUCAGUCGAAUAUCAACCUGGCCGUUGGGGCACUGAGAAUGAGUUCAAGGAAGAGCAUCAGUACCAAAGUUGCCCGGAUGAAGAGACUUGGAAAUAAUAAAUUCCAGCUUCUAUCGAUACUCAAGCCAAGCCGCCAUUCUGAUAUUGUCCAACCUUUUACUAGAUACAAAAGGAAUUAUUCGACUGAAACAGUGAAUAUUGGGCUAAUACCGGCUGAAUGGGAUGGAGAAUUAGAAGAUUUGUAUGGAGAGAAUAUGAAGAGUGAAGAUGAGGUGGAUAGCAAUUGUGGUUUGAAUGAUGCUAUCCGUGAACAUGUUGAUGACCAUGUUGAGGAGUGUUUGCACAACGAAAUGAGGAGAUUAAGCAAUGAUGACAGAGAAAUGAGCCUUAAUCCGUUGAAAUGAGAGGAAAAAAUUACAGAUAGCCGCCUGGCAUGUUAACGAUCUAAGAACGAUUAAUUAUUAAUGGGAAAAUAGUCACCUUUUAGUAGUAAUUCAGUCGUGCAUGUCGUUUGAAUAAUGACUUUUGAACAGAAAAAUUCUACAAGGUCCUUCUCAUUGGAACUCGUUGCGCAUAUUAUUUAAAUGGUAACCUCUGAACAGAAAUAAACGAUAAAGGCGAAUGAUUUUCUUAGUAGACUAACUUCGUGCAUGUCAUUUGAAUGGUGACCCUGGACCACUAAAUAACUGAUACCUAUUAUUUAAUAACCUAAUACAAGGAUAAACACUUUGUAAUUUGUAAUGCUUAAAGGGAUUUACGCAUGUCAUUUAUAUGAUACCCUCUGGCUAUUAGGAAGACUGUCUCCACAUACAGUCAAUGUCAUUAACGUUGUCCAACGAAAAAAGACAUUCAGACAUUUACACAUUUACAUGCACAUUUAGACAUUUAGACUAAAAGAAAU